AUGUGGGGGUUAUAUUGGAGACCGGGAUGGGUGGGUGCAAAAGUGUCGAAAUACCCGGUGAUGGUUGCCUGGCAAAACGAGAGACCCGAGAGAGUGACGGACAGUGAGACCGACCAGACGUCUCCUCCAUCUGCUGACCACUCGAUGUACUCGACGGCCGAGAAGUCGCGCAAACUGUCGUUCGGUGACCUCGAGUCACACACACGCGAGACAAUCACCGCGUGUCACACACUGGCCAACCCUGUGCUCGGCUUUAACGUGCUAUUAGUGACCGCAUCGGAUCUGGUCUAUGGCUUGCGUACCGAUGGAUACGACGGGUACGGGUGUCUGGCUGUGGGCGACCGGCGACUGGACUCACUUCAACUCAUACCACGCCUGUGCAAACUUCGGGUCCAGUACUUUGUCAACGGGUACGACUUCGCGCUGGCCGUCACCGCUAUGAACGAUGUCUACUCGUGGGGCGACAACGAGUGGGGACAGUUGGGCGGCACUGGCGGUGGUGGAGCUGAUGGCGGUCAAGACAAUGGCCAGGGAUUGGUUGCGGGCAGUUAUUUUGGCGGAACCGUUGUCACAGACACCACCGACGGCUACCUAUCGCCCCGUAAACUGUCAUUUUUCGAGGACAAAUACGUCCAACAGAUCAGCUGCGGUUCGUACCACUCGCUGGCCUUAAUGGGCGACGGAGUGGUGUACGCCUGGGGCGACAACUCGUGGGGCCAACUCGGGUCCGGACCCACGGACAGCGGCGGUCAGCGGACGCCCACACGGGUGCCGAUCGACGCCGGCGUGCACUCUGUCUACUGUCACAGCAGCAGCUCAUACGCCAUCGCCGAAGACGGACGCGUGUACUCGUGGGGCGAGAAUAGCGACCACCAGUUGGGUCACCGCACGGCCGACACCGUUGUGUUCGAGCCGAGGCCUGUGGUCGGUCUCCGGGACGUGAAAUCGGUGGCCGCCUCUCAAUACAUGACUUACUUUCUGACCACCGCUGGCCGACUGUACUAUUGCGGCCACUAUUACGCAGAUAUCGGCGCAGGAGGUGGUGGCGGUGGACACAAUGGCGACGGACCGGACGCGCCCGCCGUAUACCCAAUGGAGACCGAGCGCCGGUGCGAUGAACUGCAACAGUUCCGGUCGCACGUGGAGUACUUCAAUCGUGACUUUAUCUGCGCCCUAAUGGACGGCCGCGUGUAUAACGUGUUCGGUCCGGACACUGUUGGCGAGACCGAGUACAACACGUUUGUCGACUUUUACGCCACGGUUUGUCAGAUCAGUUAUAAUACGCUAAGACUCGUCGGCGGCGGUGGCGAUGAUAUUGGCGACGAACUGAUGGCUCCCCAAUCAGGACCAGUAUUUCCGGCCACCGAUUACCGCACGGAGUUGUUUGUGUCCCAAUUGGCCGCUCAAUUGCCUAAGAUUAAUACUCAGAUCAGUGUCGGGCCGACUAUUGUCGCCGCUCAAGAAGCAGUCGAAGACAUACCUCAACAUAAGCCACAACCAGACAAAGCUCACGACACGCCGAAACGGGUCCGUAUAGUGACGCCAGCCUCGUCGCCGCCAAAGCCCGAACUGCCGCACUCGCCAGCCAUGGGUCAAAAGCGGCGCUCGUCGGGGGACACCGGCCGGCCCGCGGCGGCCAACGGUCGACAUUUAGUGAACACACAUAUUAGACACGAAUCCGCGCCCCAAACGACGGCCACAACCGACACGUCGCCCAUCAGGAGUGAUAGAGAUGUCGGUCGACAGCGGGCGGCGGCUAAUCCUCCAUUAGUAGUGACCACUGAAAUAGUUCCGCCGCCCGAAGAGAGAGUCACUCAUUACUCAACUAAUAAUCACGAGUCGGCCGUUCGGAAGGAUAGGGAUGUGAGGCCAACGCCAGUGUCCGCAAACAAUACGCCAACACGUGAUGUAAACAUCGAUUACUCAAUUAAUGCCGUUUCCACGCCUUAUGUAAGCCAUAAUCACAACACAAACACAGGGUUAUCAUCGAUGCGUACGGCAGAUGUGGGCGGCAAUGGUAGCCCCAGUGGUGCCCGAGUAUCCGCCGCUCGUGUCGGCGGCGCUCGUAUCACUCGCGGAGACACAGCUCACGGCCCGUCCACCGGUCGGGUACUAACUCCAGACCAAAGGCUAACCGACAGUUCAGAAAAUUAUCCGGAGCUGAUCCAAUCGCACCAAUACGUGAACCGUAAGCAAUUUAUGGAGAAACGCCGAUGCCAAUUAUUAUGACAGGUCACACAUAGCCUGUCCCAUGAGCUUACAUUCACACCAACACAACCCCACACUCCCCUCGCCUCCCACCCCACCUCCCGGGCCUUAUCUAUUAAACUACCGGUUCGUACAAAAUAUUUUUCUUACCAUUCAUUUGUUUGUUUCGUUUGUUUUGUGUAUAAAUUCUAUGGUAUAUUACAUAAGAGAAAAAUUUAUAUAAAUUGUAAUGUUUUUGAAGUUUAAAAUGUAAUUUAUUUUCUAUAAUAAAAUGCGGAAAUCAUUUGUAAUUAAAAUUAAACA